AUGGCGGAAUCUGCUAAGCAACACAUUGAUCGUAUCCGCAAGACCAAGUUUUCAAUCGGCGGAGCUGAGAACCCGUUGACGGAGGAUCUUCAUCAAGCUGUGAAGAACCUCUCCGCUGAGCUCUAUGCUAAAGAUGUUCACUUCCUCAUGGAACUCAUCCAAAAUGCUGAGGAUAAUGAGUAUCCGGAAGGUAUUGAUCCAUCUCUUGAGUUUGUGAUAACAUCUGAGGAUAUCACAUGCACCGGAGCUCCAGCCACUCUUCUUAUCUUUAACAAUGAGAAAGGUUUCUCUGAGAGAAACAUUGAGUCUAUUUGUAGUGUUGGACGCUCCACCAAGAAAGGAAACCGGAAGCGAGGUUAUAUCGGAGAGAAGGGAAUUGGUUUCAAGAGUGUGUUUCUGAUCACCUCACAGCCGUAUAUUUUCAGCAAUGGCUAUCAAAUUCGCUUUAAUGAGGCACCUUGCAGCCACUGCAGCCUUGGCUACAUUGUUCCUGAGUGGGUUGAGCAGCACCCUUCUCUUGUUGAUAUACAAAGGAUGCAUGGUUCGGGUUCCUCUCUCCCGAAAACAACCAUAAUCUUGCCUUUGAAGAGUGACAAAAUAAAGCCGGUGAAAGAACAGCUUUCGAAUGUUCAUCCUGAGGUGUUGCUAUUUUUGUCAAAGAUCAAACGUCUCUCCAUCAGAGAAUACUGCCAAGAUCCUAGGCUCAGCACUGUGAACUCAAUAGGGAUUGUGAGUGAGACUAAUUUUGUCACGAGGAAGAGCAUUGACGCUGAAUCUUACACAAUACAUCUCUCAGCUUCUGAAAAAGGGAGAAACUCAGAACAGGAAUGCUCUUACUAUAUGUGGAGGCAAAAGUUUCCUGUAAAACAUGAGCACCGUGUAGACAGGAGAAGUGAGGUUGAUGAUUGGGUGAUCACUUUGGCAUUUCCUUUUGGAGAACGUCUUGGCCGAGGAAAUAGCUCUCCUGGUAUCUAUGCGUUUCUUCCCACUGAGAUGGUAACGAACUUCCCCUUCAUCAUUCAAGCUGAUUUUAUCCUUGCUUCGUCUAGAGAAACUAUCCUGUUGGAUGAUAUAUGGAACCAAGGGAUUCUCAGCUGUGUCUCUACAGCUUUUGUGAAUGCAUUCACCUCCUUGGUGAAGAAGACUGAAGCUCCUGUGUCUAGCUUGGUGCCUACUUUUAGGUUCUUGCCUGUUAAGCAGUCUUCUUACCCACAGCUGAAUGUUGUCAGAGAAUCCAUCAGGGGGAAGGUUUCUGCAGAGGAAAUUGUGCCAAGCAUAUCACAUUUGGGACAGAAGUUUUUCCACAGGCCGUGUGAAGUUGGUCGGCUCAUUCCUGCUUUCUGGGACAUCUUGGAGAAAGCGAGAGAAGAAGGUGCGAGCUUGCAGAAUAUAUCAUCACAUGGGAUCUACAUUCUGGAUUCCUCGUUUGAUAGAACAGAAUAUGAUAACGUUCUGGAGUUCUUGGGUUUGAAGCAGGUUGGUAACGAGUGGUAUGUAAAAUGCAUUCAGGGCUGUAAUCUCGUGACAACUGUAUCAGAAGGUACGUAUGUGGAGGUUCUACUCUUCAUCGCUGAGAAUUGGCAGUCUAGAUUUCAGAAUACAAACAUGGCGAAAGUUCCGCUUAUCAAGUAUGUUGUCCAAAAGGGAGUGGGUUCUCUUAGCAGUUUGGCAGGUUUUAGUCCACGGACUCUUUGCUUAUCCACAGAGAAGAACCAGGCAUGGCUACUUGAUUGGAACGAUGAGUUCAGAUGCAUGUAUAACUUUGGUUUCAUGCCUCAAACAACGCGGACAGCUUUCAAAGCCUGCUCCAAGAAGGAAACGAUAGUUAAUUGGCUCAAAGAGAACAUAAAGGUCGUCAAUCUUAGUAUCUCUGACUAUGCAAAACGUCUCCGGGAGAAUCUUAAUGGAGACAAGAGGCUUGUGGUUGCAUAUGCACACUUCCUCCAUCAUUCUAUCUCAAAAGAUGUUUUGUCAGAAGAAGAGGCUGUUAAAUGCUGCAAAGACAUGCCGCUUGUGGACAACUAUAAGAAUGUCAACACAAACAGGAAUGGGGUUCUUGUUCCGGCUAGCGUUGGUAAAUGGGUCAGCUUAGUUGGCUCCAAUCCAUGGAGACACAAUGGCUAUAUUGAACUGUCAGAAGAGUAUUUAUCGUUUGACAGGUUUGCUGGUCUGCGGUCUAACAAGAGUGACCUUCUCGAGUUCCUGAAAUAUUAUGUUAAGGCUGGAGAUAUACCUGAUAUAGAACCUCCAAAUGCUGCUAUACCGGCUUUGUCAGGUUCUCUUAAAAAGGAGAACGUUCUGUUGCUGUUGGAGUGGAUCAAGUGGAAUAGACGUGCUCUUGGUUCCAAUUUUUUGGGAUCUGUUAGAGGAGGAAGCUGGUUGAGAACAACAAUGAAUGGUAUCUCUGAUUACCGUCCGCCUUGUCAGUCGUUUUACCAUACUUCAUCAUGGGGAAGUAUUCUGCAGAACGGAUCAAUCCUUGUUGAUAUUCCGCUGGUCGAUAGAAGCUUCUAUGGGAAAGAGAUUGAGAACUACAAAGAUGAGCUUAAAACCGCUGGUGUUAUGUUUGAGUUUAGUGAAGCUUGUACAUUUGUUGGCAACCACCUAAUGAGUUUAACUGAGACUUCAACGCUGUCAAGCGCAAACGUGUUCUCCAUUCUGAAAUUUAUUAGGUACUUGAGAGAGAAGCGACUCCCACCAGAUGAUUUCAUCGAUGCCGUCAAAUAUGGUCAAUGGCUGAAGACAACUUCUGGUUACAGAUCUCCAGAUGGAGCUGUUUUGUUUAGCCAAGAGUGGAAAGCUGCGUCGCUUAUCAGUGAUAUCCCAUUCAUUGACAGAGAUUUCUACGGUGAAGUUAGCCUCAAUGGUUUCAAGGAAGAGCUUAAGUUGCUUGGCGUCGUAGUUGAGCUCCCUAAUAAUCACAGCCUCGUCGUUUCUCAUUUGAAUACUUCAAAGCUGAAUUAUCUGACACCUGAUGCAAUGCUCUUAGUACUUGAAUGCUUGCGUCAUUUGAGUCCUCAAAAGCUGAUCAAUGCCCUGAGAAAUUCUCAAGGCUUCAGGACAAAGAAGAAUGGGUUUAAAUCGCCUGCUGAGUGUUUCAUACCUGAUCCAGAGUGGAGUUGCCUUUUAUCUGUUUUUGAUUGCUUCCCUUUGAUGGACGAUGAUUUCUAUGGAAGCAGAAUCUUUUCCUACAAAGAAGAAUUGAAGCAGAUUGGUGUUAAGCUUCAGUUUGAAGAUGCUGUGAGAGAGUUUUUGCGCACAUUCAAACAGAAAGCUACCUCCUCUGGGCUAACUCGAAGUACCGCCUCGUCUCUUUUAUCUUGCUACAGGAAGCUCAUGGACAGUAGUCACAAAAUGCCUGCAGAACUUAUGAGCAGCUUAAAAGAUUUUCAAUGGCUGCAUACCAAACUUGGCGAUUUCCGUGCACCAAAGGACUGUAUUCUCUUUGAUUCAGACUGGGAACAUCUCCGCCUCAUAGCGAAUCUUCCCUUUAUCGAUGACAGCUCCAACUGGUAUGGCAAGAGUAUCCACGAUUACAAGAAAGAGCUCAAGGACUUGGGUGUUACAGUUGAGCUGAAAGAAGGUAUGAGCCAUGUGGUUAGCUCUCUAAGUCUCCCUGAUCCAUCUCGCAUCACUCCUGCAAGCGCACUGUCUCUUGUUAAGUGCAUCAGUUUCUUGCUUAAAGAUAGAUUCAGUGACCUCUUUAAAAACUUUCUUGAAAAAGUUUCUGGUAAAUGGUUGAAGACACAUGCUGGUUACCGCAGUCCCAGUGAGUGUCUCUUGUUUGAUAGCAGCUGGAAGUUAGAGCCGCGUGAUGGUCCAUUCAUCAACGAAGAGUAUUAUGGCACAGAGCUCAAAUCGUUCAGACAAGAGCUUAUUAAUAUAGGAGUUGGUCAUGAUUCAGCUAAAGCUUGCCAGUUGCUUGCUAGUCACGUCUAUGCUCAUUCUGAUUCUGAUAGUAUCUCUCGGAUAUAUGGAUUUCUCAGUGAAGCUAAAUGGAAACCUGAGGAAGAUGCGUCUCUAGACCGGAUUUGGAUACCGAGCGAUGAGAAAUGGGUUGAUGUUUCUAGCUGCGUUCUCUAUGACAACGAUAAGCUGUUUGGUUCAAAGCUCAAUGUUCUUGAAAACUAUUACAAGGAUCAGGACGUUGUCAAGCUCUUUGCCUUCUUCUCGUCUGUGUUUAAAGUGAGAGUCAACCCGUCCAUUGAAGAUUACUGUGGUCUGUGGAAAUAUUGGGAGAGAACGAAGGACAGUUUGUCAAAUGAUGAGUGUUGUGCGUUUUGGAGUUUCGUUGUGGAACACAACACAUUUAGAGCUAAGAAGCUCCUCUCUGAAUCGUUUUCGCGUUUGCCUGUACACGCAUUAGAUUGCAACACCGAUGAAGGAGUCAUGUUGGCUAACAUAAGCGACGUGUUCAUAGCUGAUGACUUGCUCAUUAAAGAUCUCUUUAUCAAUUCCCCUGUUUUCGUUUGGUAUCCAACUCCAAGCACCCCUGCAUUGUCCCGAACCAAGCUUGUUGAGCUUUACAGACAGAUUGGUGUUAAAGAGAUCUCCAAAUGCGUUACCAUCACAGAAGCUGAACUAAGCGGAGUCAAAAACGAGCAGCAAGAGGUCGGCGAGUCAAAGAAUAAUCUGAUAGGACCAGCGCUUGUGAAGCUGAUUCUUGGAUUCCUCUCUGAUCCAUCUCUCAAGGUGGAAGCUGAGGAACGUUCAAGAAUUAUAAAGAGCCUUGUUGACCUCGACGUUAAAGAAACUUUGGAGGCUAUCACGACGGAGUAUACUCUGAAUCUUCCUUCUAAGGGAGAGAAGCUGAUGGCAAAGGCUAAAAGGAUGAUAAGGUGGGAGAGAGAGGAAGGAGUGGUUUAUGCAGAGAAGUUGGAGAAAGCUUGUGGGAAAAGAAAGGUUUUGGAGUACGCCACUUGUUUCGCUGAGGUGAUUGCAAAGGGAGUAAUGUGGGAGAGAGAGGAUCUGAUCGGACGGCUAUCAGAGCUUGUGAAGAUGGCUUACUUGGUUGAUUUAGAUGAAGAGGCUUUAGAGUUUCUGAUGAAGUCCAAGAACCUUCAAGUUUAUGAAGAAGAUGAGAAACUCAUCUCAGAUGAAUUCUCUCUCAAGUAACUCAAAGGUUUCCUCUAUCUGGAGUAACCACAUGGAUGUUCUCUAUCUAUUCUCUAUGCCUUCGUCUCAUUUGUCUUUAUUUUGGUAUUUGGAGCUUUGUGACAUCAUGACUCUUUUGAUGAUACAACUAUUGAAAAUGAAAUGUUUCAGUCGUUUCC